AUGGCUGGCAGUUCGCUGGCAAUCCGCUCCAUGGCUACCAUGCAGCUACCGUCGUUGUCGCGCCGGACCAUCUCGACCUCCAGCGCGCUCCGCACGAAGCUGCUGCGCCCGACCAGCUUUUCUCAACCCUCCCGCAUUACACGCCGCACCUACGCUGAUGCGGCGCCCACGCCCACACCGAACCCUGCCCCGAAGCCCAAGAAGCGCUUCCGUUUGUUGCGCUGGUCCUGGCGCUUGACCUGGCUCGCUGGUGUCGGUCUGACUGGUGCUCUUGGCUACAGCAUAUACACCCUGCGUCACCCGGAGGAGCAAUUCGAAGUCGACCCGGAGAAGAAGACGCUGGUCAUUCUCGGAACCGGUUGGGGCUCCGUCUCGCUGCUCAAGAAGCUCGACACCGAGAAUUACAAUGUCAUCGUCGUCUCCCCCCGCAACUACUUCCUCUUCACCCCCCUGCUGCCGUCAUGCACUACUGGUCUGAUCGAGCACCGCUCGAUCAUGGAGCCCAUUCGGAACAUCCUGCGUCACAAGCAAGCGACCGUCAAGUUCUACGAAGCUGAGGCGACCAAGAUCGACUACGAGAAGCGCGUUGUGUACAUCAGUGAUGACUCCGAGAUCAAGGGCGACAUCUCCCACACCGAGGUUCCUUUCGAUAUGCUUGUGAUUGGUGUGGGUGCGGAGAACGCGACUUUCGGUAUCCAAGGUGUCCGGGAACACUCCUGCUUCCUGAAGGAGGUCAAUGACGCUCAAAACAUUCGGAAGCGUAUCAUGGAUUGCGUCGAGACCGCGAUGUUCAAGGAUCAGACACCCGAGGAGGUCAAGCGCCUGCUGCACAUGGUUGUGGUCGGCGGUGGCCCGACUGGUGUCGAAUUCGCGGGCGAGCUGCAGGAUUUCUUCAACCAGGACCUGAAGAAGUGGAUCCCGGAGAUCAAGGACAACUUCCACGUUACGCUCGUGGAGGCACUGCCCAACGUUCUGCCCAUGUUCUCGAAACAGCUGAUUGACUACACCGAGUCCACCUUCAAGGAGGAGGAGAUCACCAUUCGCGCCAAGACCAUGGUCAAGAAGGUGACGGAUAAGUACAUCGAGGCGGAGGUGACCAAUCCCGACGGAUCCAAGGAGCUGGAGACUAUCCCCUAUGGUCUGCUGGUCUGGGCCACCGGUAACGCCGUGCGCAACGUGGUGCGCGACCUGAUGAGCCAAAUCCCUGCGCAGAAGGACUCCCGCCGUGGCCUUGCGGUCAAUGAGUACCUGGUGGUGAACGGCGCUGACAACAUCUGGGCCGUUGGCGACUGUGCCAUUAACAAUUACGCGCCGACCGCCCAGGUCGCCGGCCAGGAGGGUGCCUUCCUUGGCCGUCUGUUUAACAUCAUGGCCAAGACCGAUGCCAUCGAGAAGGAGCUGAAGAGUCUGUCCGAAGCCCAGUCCCAGGCCAAGGACGACGAGACACGCAACCGGGUCUUUGACGAGAUCCGCGAGCGCCAGAAGCAGCUCCGGAGAAUCAAGCAGAUCGGGCCCUUCCAGUACUCCCACCAGGGCAGUCUGGCCUACAUCGGCAAGGAGCGCGCCGUCGCCGAUAUCAGCUGGCUGAGCGGCAACAUCGCCAGCGGUGGCACCAUGACCUACCUUUUCUGGCGCAGUGCCUAUCUGAGCAUGUGCUUCAGCACUCGCAACCGUGUCCUGGUCGCCCUCGACUGGGUCAAGGCUAGACUGUUUGGCCGUGACGUCUCCCGAGAGUAA